AUGAAAUUUGCGUACUCAAGCAUGAAGGGCAAAGGCCGUCACAAGCAUACGAUUACUGCUUCCUUUUUCUUCAAUGCUCGAGGAAGUGGCUUGGAAAAAUCGAUAUCAGGGAUGUAUCGAUCAUUACUGCUUCAACUACUUGAAGGGUACCCCGACCUUCAGGUUGUUUUAGACGAUUCUGAGCUAGUUCCCAAAACUCAAAAUGGUCCCCCUUCCUUGAAUAUUCUUAAGGAUCUAUUCGCUAAUGCGGUUUGCGCCCUUGGUCAACGCUCGUUUACCUGCUUUGUCGAUGCUCUCGACGAGUGUGAUGAACAACAAGUUGUGGACAUGGUCCAGUACUUUGAAGAGCUAGCCGAAAGAUCUACGGCAAAAGGGGUCCCAUUUCGAGCCUGUUUUUCAAGUCGACACUAUCCCUACAUCUUCAUUCAUCGGGGCCUCCGACUUACACUAGAGGAUCAACCAGGCCAUGCGGAAGACUUGGCAACCUACGUCACAAGUCGCCUCCGAAUCAAAGAACCCAAGCUUGUCGAAGAGCUGCAACCACAACUCAUUAGUAAAGCUGCUGGCGUUUUUAUGUGGGUCGUCUUAGUGGUUGAUAUUCUGAACAAAGAGUACCGACAUGGUGGAAUGGCUCUUAGAAUAAGACUCGCGGAAAUACCCAGUGAUCUUAGCAAGCUAUUCAAAGAUAUCUUAAGACGUGAUAAUGAAAAUACAGAAGCUCUCCUGCUCUGUGUUCUCUGGAUUCUAUACGCAAAGGACCCUUUACGACCGCAGGAGUUCUAUUAUGCCCUCUGGUCUGGUUUGUGUCUGAAGAGUUUGGUCGACAGUCGAAUUCCGGAUGUCACCGUCCUAGGUACUGGUGCUGGCGAUGACACGGUUAGCAGAUAUGUUAUCAGCUCCUCAAAAGGACUUGCCGAGAUCACAAGAUCAAACCAGCCUAGAGUUCAAUUUAUCCAUGAAUCUGUCCGAGACUUCCUUAUCAAGGAUAAGGGCCUGUAUGAAUUGUGGCCUGAGUUUGGUUUUGACUACGAGAGCAUAGGCCACGAGAAACUCAAACAAUGCUGCAGCCUCUAUGCAAAUCAUAUUUUGAUCUGUACAUCUGUUAGCAAGCUGCUUUCAGAGUCUAACUCUAACGACCGGAAGGAAAUAUCAAACGAUUAUCCCUUCUUGAAGUAUGCCAGUGAAAACACCCUCUACCAUGCCAACGCAGCGGCAAAAGCUAUUCCUCAAGAGGCAUUUCUGGCCUCUUUUCCCAUCUCUAACUGGAUCAAUACCAACAAUGUUUUCGAAAAGUUCAACAAUCGGAAGUAUACUAUGAGUGCGAGUCUAUUUUAUAUUCUAGCAGAUAAGGGAUACCCGGAGCUAAUCCGGGCAAGGCUCAAAGCGGAUUCUGAAAUUCAUAUUUUGGGGGAGAGAUAUAAGUUCCCACUGUUUGCCGCGUUGGCUAAUGGGCACAGAGACGCUGUCGCUGCUCUUUUAAACACAUCCUCGAGAUUUUCAGAUGGCAUUGACAUUACAGAGGGCCUCAACCACAGGAAAGAUUUGAAAGAAUACGAAGAUCGAACACCCCUAUCUUGGGCUUCCCAGGGUGGGCGAGCACGUAUUGUCGAACUACUCUUGCAAUCGAGACCGAGUGGAGAUGAGAUGGAUAGAGGGGGGCGAACACCAAUUUCACGUGCCUCCGAGAAUGGCCACGAGGCGGUGGUGAGACUUCUCAUCGACAACGGAGCCAAUGUCAACGCUGGCGACAAAAACGGAUGGACACCACUUCAGCGAGCCUCAUCAAAUGGCCACGAGGCGGUGGCGAGACUUCUCAUCGAAGAAGAAGCUAAUGUCAACGCUAGCGAUAAAGAAGGACGGACACCACUUUCAUAUACCUCUGAGAACGGCCACGAGGCGGUAGCGAGGCUUCUUAUCAAAAAAGGAGCUAAUAUCAACGCUGGCGACAAAAACGGAUGGACACCACUUCAGCGAGCCUCAUCAAAUGGUCACGAGGCGGUGGCGAGGCUUCUCAUCGAAGAAGAAGCUAAUAUCAACGCUGGCGACAAAAACGGAUGGACACCACUUCAGCGAGCCUCAUCAAAUGGUCACGAGGCGGUGGCGAGGCUUCUUAUCAAAAAAGGAGCUAAUGUCAACGCUAGCGAUGAAUAUGGACGGGGAUCACUUUCAUUUACCUCAUCAAACGGCCACGAGGCGGUGGUGAGACUUCUCAUCGACAACGGAGCCAAUGUCAACGCUAGCGAUAAAGAAGGACGGACACCACUUUCAUAUACCUCUGAGAACGGCCACGAGGCGGUAGCGAGGCUUCUUAUCAAAAAAGGAGUCAAUGUUAACGCUAGCGACAAAGAAGGACGGACACCACUUCAGCGAGCCUCAUCAAAUGGCCACGAGGCGGUGGCGAGGCUUCUCAUCGAAGAAGAAGCUAAUGUUAACGCUAGCGACAAAGAAGGACGGACACCACUUCAGCGAGCCUCAUCAAAUGGCCACGAGGCGGUGGCGAGGCUUCUCAUCGAAGAAGAAGCUAAUGUUAACGCUAGCGACAAAGAAGGACGGACACCACUUCAUCGAGCCUCAUCAAAAGGCCACGAGGCGGUGGCGAGGCUUCUCAUCGAAAAAGAAGCUGAUGUCAACGCUAGCGACAAAGAAGGCCUGACACCACUUCAAGGGGCAUUAAAAAAUGGCUAUGAGGCGAUGCUGGUUUUGCUCAACCCCCCGACAAAUCUUCAUCAAAUGGCCACGAGGGGAUGGACACCACUUCAUUGGGCUUCAUCAAAAGGCCGCGAGGCGGUAACGAGGUUUCUUAUCAAAGAAGGAGCUAAUGUCAACGCUAGCGAUGAAUAUGGACGGGGAUCACUUUCAUUUGCCUCAUUAAACGACCACGAGGCGGUGGUGAGACUUCUCAUCGACAACGGAGCCAAUGUCAACGCUAGCGACAAAGACGGACGGACACCACUUUCACAUGUCUCGUCAAAUGGCUACGAGGUGGUAGCGAGGCUUCUUAUCGAAAAAGGAGCUAAUGUCAACACUAGCGACAAAGAAGGACGGACACCACUUCAUCGAGCCUUAUCAAAAGGCCACGAGGCGGUGGCGAGGCUUCUUAUCGAAAAAGGAGCUAAUGUCAACACUAGCGACAAAGAAGGACGGACACCACUUCAACGAGCCUCAUCCAAUGACCAUGAGGCGAUGGCGAGGCUUCUUGUUGAUGACGGAGCUCAACUGGAGCGACGAACUAGUAAGCAGACUUCCAUUCUUCACUUCCUUAUUCUCUUGGCCUCCUAUUCCCCGUUACUGAGCAGCUCAAUUUCUCUUGAGCGAAAGAUAUAUAGCUAA